AUGGCAGAUGUCACCAUGCCUGAAACUGCGGUGCCGCAUACCAGUCAACAUAAUGAAUCGUACGGUGAUGGCGGGUGGAACUCGAAUGACAACAAGCCAAGAGCAGAUUCAUUCCUGGGGGGCGAGAGCGACAACCUCUUUGGAGACAUGGGCCCGGAUAUGUUCGGCGAUGCCGACAUAACGGAUGCUGAUUUCAGCUUCUUUGAUGAGCAACCCGGCGAUGAUCUAGAUCUCUCGGGUCUCCCUGAUAUGGGCAUGUCAGAUGCACCUUCGAUGCCUCCAGUGCUUCCGCCUCCGCUGCCUGAGCCUGCGAAAAUGGCUGCUCCCCCGAUUGAGUAUACAAAGCCCGAGCCGAGUCCACCAAUUUUCACCAAGCCCGAACUCAAGCAUGCCAGGAGCACACUCAUGGACGAGGGAAAGCAAAGACCUAGCACAGAAAAGGCUGCCGGUACCAAGAGAGAGUCGAGCCCUUUUGGCCCCGAUACGGUUUACAAAAGGGUCCGGGCAUCCUUGGGAGACAUCGACUCUGCUCCAAGCAGAACACCUUCAAGGAAAGGCAGCGUCUUUGACAGCGUAGGCUUCGAUCCAGUGCUUCCCUCUGUCAACAAAAAAUACGAGCAAGGGGGCCGUUUUGACUGCAAUCCUGUCACCCGCGGGUUGGCACAAGAGUCGAUCACGCAGCCUGGUUCUCAAGGUCCGCCUACAACCGACUACCUACGGAGACACGGGAAACAGAGGAAGCAGCUGAAGCACUCAGAGCAGACGAGUGUGGUCAUCCGUACGAUUACCGGCGGUCUGGAAAACGCAACCUUGAACACGAGUCCUGCAAAAAUGGAUGACUUCGCAUCCGAUGCGGACGAUGUGAGCUUGGUGUCUGACCAGGAUGACGCAAGCUCAACGACAGAUGAGCCAGCGUCUCCGUUCAAAUCAAGCAUUAGAAGACUGAAUUUCGACGACGAUGUGGUUUCUCACGUUACCUCGUUGAAGGACAUUGAGUCUGUCGAAGACUCUGAUCCCACCUUGGCCUUGGAACUCCCUAAACUAGCCAAGGUCGAGGCAACAGAGGUAUCGAUAACAAAGUACUUUGAGGAUGCUGAGGUACUGCCGAUUCAUCUUUCACUAACAGAUGAGGACAUGGUGACAAUCGCUCAGAUUGUGACUGAGCAAGCGGUCACUGGUAACUUGAAAAUCCGCGAUUCGCAAGCCAACACUCUGAACACGGCCAUUAUAUCAGAAACUCGUCGACAGCUGUCAUCAUUGAGUCGCACCGCUCUACAGACUCUGCGAGAAGUUGUCCCUGCUUGCCUCGGCGAGUUCAACACCUGCAACUUCAAAGGUGUCGUGGAGGUCCCUGACGUGCCGUUGCUGGGGCAGCCUAACAGACUGCACCCAAGGCCAGUUCCGCAGAGAGAUUCGAAUGCUGAGCCGCCCAAGCCCAACAACCUUUUCCAAAUCCCUGCGCCACACAUGGAACUCCGCCGCGCAGAAGCCAGACUGUCGGUGCUUCCGUCAAGCGUCCAGUUUUGGGAAAGCUUGGGUCUCGGCCCUGCCCAAGGGACGAAGAAUGUCAGCGUUGUCUGCGUGUUUCCGAACUGGGACGGCAUGACAGAUGUUGCCGCAGCGUUCCUAGAUCGGAUGCGCAAUGUCUAUGAGCUGCUGAAACUGGGCUCGUUCGAGCGCCUGCCCACGAGCUCAAAGGUGACCGACGGGCUGAUGCCAUUCGAAGCGGACAAGAUUGCUACUUCUCCGGGCACGGUCAGCCCUCACAUUGGGUCAAGUCUGGAUGAUCGCAUGGAGGCCUUGAAUCAGGGGCUGUUGUCAGCAAACGUGACGGAAAAGAAUUUUGUUGUGUACUUCGUGUACCCUCCGGAUCACCCAGGGUCGAUCGUGGAGGAAUGCACGGCGUUCCAACGGCUUUUCGAGAUGCACAAGAGGUCUUUGACUGACAGGAGACAAGCGCCUGUCAAUGAACUUGUUUUGCAGCUGGUUCCUCUAGAUUUUCUGACUUCUCCUGUGGGCAUCGUUGAACCAACACCAAGCGACGCCAUCAAGCUAGCGAUAGAGACGUAUGAUCGAUGCACAUUGUUUGGCGGGCCGAUGCCCUCGCCAGCUAUCAUGCUGGAGCAGUCACUACCACGAGGCAUCGACUUCAAGAUCUCCAAUACCUCCUCGUCUUCGGUCAUGCACGAAAACACCUGCAUGCACAUCGCUUAUGCACAAAGCAUUGACGAGAGGUGGAUUACGGCAGCAUGGACCGACAACAGGGGAUGCCAGCAAAUGACGGCGUCUUACAGUCUCGGGCGCAAAGGCAAGCCACUUUCAACGUCUCUUAACGAUGUCUACCACGAGAUAUGGGAUACGACACAUGAUUUGAUCUCCAAGUGGAAGGUACACUGGCGGAUCAUUAUCACAAAGUGCGGGCCCAUGGACCAGCAAGAAAUUGGUUUCUGGCAAGGUCUCGCGCAAACCGAGUCGAUGGCCUCGAUGAGCCUGACGUUGAUCUCAGUCGACACAAACCCGUCUCUACAGUUGCUUCCUCCGGCAAUAAAAGUACCAGCGACAGCAUCGUCAGCAUUCUACACCACCCCGGUGUCAACACCGCAGGCAUCAAUACUCUCUCCCGAGCAAAGUGGGACGCCCGCCACACCUAUGAAGGAAAAUAACCCCGUAAACGCCGCGACGCCGGGAGGCACCCCUGGUGACGGCAACGCGGAACCAGCCGAAGGUGACGCCAUUCUUCUUGAUGUUACGGAUCAAACGUGGGGUGCCGUGCUUGCCCAUCGACUCAGCAACUCAUCAACUCUUGGAGAGCUCAGUCCUGCUAUAAUCAGUGGGUAUCUAGUCAAACGCGGCGGAACAAAACUAGAAGAUCCACCAGUGGUUUUGGAAGUCAACAUUUUGCACGUGGAUAGCAACCCGCGGCUGUGCGAGACUCUGAUGCGGGAGAUGCUCACUUAUUUCAGGGGCCUUGGUACACUAGCUCGGGCCAGGGGCAUUGUAGAUAGGGGGACGGAUAUACGGCCUUGGCAUAUCGCGGCAGCGGAGAAAGGCGUCCGGGCAUUAUACCUCUUGAUGUGA